AUGGCUGGCCGCGACCUCGCCAAUACAAGCAUCCAAAUCGGGUCAUCUUCCGCCGAAUGUAUCUCCACGGACAGUCAAGUGAACGAGCUACACGAUAGGGUUGCGAAAGUCGCAGAGCGAUUUUCCAUAUCUUCUAGUUCUGGGGAGUUGCAGUCACAAGUACUCAGCCCAACGCCGGGCAGCAAGCUUGAUCCCUCGUCCUCAACAUUUGACGCACGGGUUUGGGUAAAGGAAUUUAUCAGAUUGACCGAAUCAGAUCCUCAGUCGGCACCUUCGCGUUCUCUUGGCGUUGCCUUCAAAGAAUUGGGUGUAUUUGCAUAUACCACGGCCGCAGAGUACCAAAAGACCACAGGGAAUGUAGUAACUGGACUCGCAACAUACCUAGCAAGAUGGCUUCGUGGAAAUCCACAUGGCAGACGUGUGGACAUUCUACGCAACUUCGAAGGCAUUGCAGAAAAGGGAGAAAUGGUACUAGUGCUGGGUCCCCCUGGCUCUGGCUGUUCUACACUUCUCAAGACGCUAUCGGGGGAAACGGCGGAUUUGAAUGUUACGCCAGAAUCGUAUCUCAACUUUCGAGGAUUGGAUGUGGCCGAUAUCCGCUCUUCCCUCCGCGGGGAUGUUCUGUAUAAUGCUGAGCUCGACGUUCACCUGGCGCACCUAACUGUUGGAGAAACUUUGACGUUUGCCUCUCGUGCUCGCUCAGUUCGACACGUUCCGGGAGGCUUUGACCGCGAUCAACUCAACACAGUACGUCGCGAUGUCAUGAUGGCCAUUUUUGGUCUAAAUCAUACCAUCAACACACAUGUCGGAGAUGAUUUCGUGCGUGGUGUGAGUGGCGGAGAGCGCAAGCGAGUCAGUAUCGCCGAGGCUUCCCUGACUGGAGCCAAGUUUCAGUGCUGGGACAACUCUACACGUGGCCUUGACAGCGCCAAUGCUAUAAAUUUUUGCAGCAACCUGCGCCUCCAGGCAGAUCUACUUGAUGUAACGUCUGUGGUUACCUUAUAUCAAGCACCACAGUCAGCUUAUGACCUUUUUGAUCGAGUUACUCUGAUCUAUGAGGGAAGGCAGAUAUUCUUCGGUCAAACCACUGAAGCCAAGGGCUACUUUGAGAGCCUGGGAUUUUACUCUCCCCCUAGGCAAACUAUUCCCGAUUUUUUGACAUCCAUGACGAGUCCGGAAGAGCGGAGGGUUAGAGACGGCUUCGAAAAUUCCGUGCCUCGCUCGGCAGAUGAGUUUGCAGAAAGAUGGCAAUCAAGUGAACAGCGAAAGAAAUUACUCUCUGAGUUUGCAUCCUAUGAGCAAAAACAUCCUUCAAAAGAGCGAACGGCUGAAUACUACCAGUCCAGGCGAGCUGAGCAGGCUAAGCAGCAGCGCUCAAAAUCUGCUUACACGAUAUCAUACGCUCAGCAAAUCUCUCUAACCCUUUGGCGCGCUUACCGGAGAUUGCUGGCUGACCCUGGGUUUACCAUUGCCUCCCUUUUGUUUAAUGUAAUUAUGGCGCUCAUCUUAGGAAGCAUGUUUUACAAUCUCAAGCCGGAUACAUCCAGCUUUUACUAUCGCGGAGGACUCAUCUUCUUCUCGCUUCUCUUCAAUGCUUUUGCGAGCCAGUUGGAGGUCCUGACAAUCUAUGCCGAACGCCCUGUUGUUGAGAAGCAGAAUCGCUAUGCUUUCUAUCACCAGUCAGCUCAGGCAAUUGCAAGCUACUUGACUGAUCUACCCUACAAGAUUGUGAAUAUGUUUGUUUUCAACAUUCUUAUCUACUUUAUGGCAAAUCUGAGGCGAGAGGCCGGUGCUUUCUUCUUUUUCUGCCUCACCACCCUCCUCACCACUCUGGUUCAGUCAGCCAUUUUCCGCACACUGGCCUGCAUAACCCGGACAUCUGAUCAAGCUAUGAUCCCUAGCGCCGUUCUCAGCCUUGGACUGAUGAUAUACACUGAGUAUAUGCCUGGAUGGUCCCGUUGGAUGGCGUAUAUCAAUCCCCUGGCAUACGGCUUUGAGGCUUUGAUGGCAAAUGAAUUCCACCAUCGGGAGUUUCCCUGUGUUGGGAUGGUGCCAAGUGGUAAGGGGUACACGAAUCUUCCGCCUGAGUCGCACAUCUGCUCUGUGGUUGGGUCGGAGGCCGGUUCGGCCUUUGUCAAUGGAGACAACUAUAUCAACAGGUCUUUUGACUACUGGAAUGUGCACAAAUGGAGAAAUAUUGGCAUUCUCUGCGCAUUUUUAGCAUUUUUUUUCCCCGCUUACGUGCUUGCUGCAGAGCUUGCGAAGCCACCUAGAACACGCGGUGAAAUCUUAGUGUUCCGUCGCAACAAGGGCUCUCCCAAGUCAGAAAAGGCACUUUCCCUGGACGCCGAGAAUCAACUGCAAAAUCGCCCGGUAGUAGCGGAAAAGGCAAGCUCUUCAAGCGGAUCUGAUAACAUGGUAGUUGGAAAGGAUGUUUUCCACUGGGAGGAUCUCUGCUAUAACAUUGAGAUCAAGGGCGGGAACCGCUCCCUUUUGGAUCAUGUCGAUGGCUGGGUGAAACCUGGCGUAUCAACUAUCCUCAUGGGUGUGUCUGGUGCAGGAAAAACGACCUUACUGGACGUUCUGGCCACUCGUGUCACCACCGGUGUUGUAACUGGCAGUACAAUGGUCAAUGGAAAGCCAACAGAUCCUUCUUUCCAGCACAAGGUUGGCUAUGUCCAGCAGCAAGAUCUCCAUCUCAGCACCAUGACCGUUCGCGAAGCGCUUCGGUUUAGUGCGAUUCUUCGUCAAUCUGCAGAGAUCACCCGAUCUGAGAAGCUGAACUACGUUGAGCAUGUCAUCGAUAUAUUGGAAAUGCGAGAAUUUGCGGAUGCCGUCAUUGGUGUUCCUGGAGAGGGUCUUAAUGUUGAGCAACGCAAACGUCUUACAAUUGGUGUGGAACUUGCUGCCCGACCUCAACUCCUGAUCUUCUUUGAUGAACCAACUUCAGGAUUGGAUUCACAGACAUCCUGGUCCAUCUCUGAACUCAUCAGGAAAUUGACGAAUAGCGGCCAGGCGGUUCUUUGCACAAUUCAUCAACCCUCUGCUAUCCUCUUUGACCAGUUUGAUCGUCUUCUCCUGAUCGCACCGGGAGGCAAGACAGCUUAUUUUGGUGAUUUGGGAAGUGGAGCUUCAACCAUGAUUGAUUACUUUGAGAAAAACAAUGCCCCUGCAUGCCCAGCGGGUGCCAACCCAGCUGAAUGGAUGCUACAGGUAAUUGAGCCGCCUGCUGAUGACUCAAAAGCACAAGACUGGCACCAAGUAUGGCUAUGUUCUCCUGAAUAUCAGGCAGUCAAGGCUGAGCUUGGUCGCCUUCGUGCUCUUCCACAAGCAGAACCCGCCGGCAAUGAAGACACCACAGAUGGCACUUCUCAGCAUCAGGAGUUCGUAGCCUCUUUUUGGACACAGUUCGGCCAAGUUUUACGACGCACUUGGAAGCAUCUCUGGCGAUCACCGACUUACAUAUGGUCCAAAACCAUACUGAUUGUUCUUUCUUCCCUCUACCUCGGCUUUAGUUUCAAUGCCAACAAUUCCAUCCAAGGGCUGCAAAACCAACUGUGGGCUAUCUUCAUGCUGCUCGUGCUGUUCAUCAAUAUAAAUGAGCAGAUCAUGCCCAUGUUCCUACCCCAGCGAGCGCUGUACGAGGCUCGUGAACGCCCGUCAAAGAUUUACAGAUGGACAACAUACCUACUUUCCAAUAUCCUCAUUGAGCUCGCAUGGCAUACCUUGAUGGCGGUCAUCAUGUACUUCUGUUGGUAUUACCCAGUAGGCUUUGUCCGAAACACAACAGCCGAUGACCAGGCUAUCCGCGGUUUCUCCGUCUUCCUCCUUUUAUGGGUGUACCUGCUAUUUACGAGCACGUUUGCCCAUUUUGCCAUUUUCUGGAUUGAUCUUCCCGAAGUUGCAGGCGUAUUGACCAGUCUUUUCUGGAUGUUGUGUAUCCUGUUCUGCGGAGUCGGGGUUCCUAUAGUUGAUCUGCCAAAGUUUUGGUCCUUCAUGUAUCGUGUCUCGCCCGCAACAUACCUUGUCGGGGGCAUCAUGUCCAACGCAGUUGCCAACUCGAACGUUACAUGUGCCGACCGCGAAAUCCUCCAUAUGGCUCCCACUGAAAAUCUUACUUGCGAAGAAUUCCUAGGAGCUUACAGGGAAUCUGCCGGUGGUUUGGUGUUAAACCCGACAGCAAGAAGUAUGUGCGAAUACUGCCCACUUGCCACUACCAAUGAGUUCCUCACUCGAUUCCAAAUUUCGUAUGAUACGAGAUGGCGGGACUUUGGGCUCAUAUGGGUCUAUAUCCUGGUGAACAUUAUGGCGGGGCUAGGGCUUUACUGGGCGUUCAAGGUCCCUAAAAAGGGGGUAGCAAGCGGGCUUGAUGGGAUUUCGAACACAAUAGAUCCUGCGAGAGCAAAAUUUAGAGUCAUCAAUCCUAAUGUGAUAUUUUUGUGUGCUUCAAGUGCUUUUCGCUCAAAACCCUCAUUUUGA